UCCGUGACUUCCGUAUUUUGCUUGUGUGUGUGAAUGAUGAAUAUUUCUGACAUUUCCUCGUAAAAAUCCAAGUGUUUUUUGCUCGGCCAUGGAUGUCGGGGAACUGUUGAGCUACAAACCCGCCAAGGAGCCGAAGCGGGGGGCUGCGGACGACGAAGAUGUGGAGGUCCGUCCUCGCGCGAAGAGGCUGGCGAACAUGCCCGAUUCCAUCCACUACGAGAGGAAGAUGCACAAGACCCACGAAGAGAACAAGGAGAACCUCGAACGAGAUCUAGACGAAGAUUCAGGGGGUGUCCUGGAGGGGGGAGGAGAGGCCGAGGACAGCUCCGGUGUCCUUGACGAGCUGAACCUCAAGAGGCUGCUGCUGUCCUUCGAGAAGAAGGUCCUCAAGAACCAGGAGCUGAGGAUCAAGUUCCCGGACCAGCCAGAGAAGUUUAUGGACUCGGAGAUCGAGCUGAAUGACAUCCUGCUGGAGAUGCACGUCAUAGCCACGCAGCCAGACCUAUACCACUUGCUGGUGGAGCUGAACGCCGUGUCCAGCCUGCUGGGGCUGCUGAGCCACGAGAACACGGACAUCGCGAUCGCGGUGGUGGACCUGCUGCAGGAGAUGACGGACGUGGACGUGCUGAACGAGGGCUCCGCGGAGGGGGCGGCGGCGCUGGUGGACGCCCUGCUGGAGGCGCAGGUGGUGGCGCUGCUGGUGCAGAACCUGGAGCGCCUGGACGAGGGGGUGCGCGAGGAGGCGGAGGGGGUGCACGACACCCUGGGCAUCGUGGAGAACCUGGCCGAGUUCCGGCCGGACAUGUGCGUCGACGCCGCCAAGCAGGGCCUGCUGGCGUGGCUGCUGAAGCGGCUCCGCUCCAAGACGCCGUUCGACGCCAACAAGCUGUACGCGUCGGAGAUCCUGUCGAUCCUGCUGCAGCGGCACGAGGAGAACCGGCGGCUGCUGGGCGAGGCGGACGGCAUCGACGUGCUGCUGCAGCAGCUGGCCUACUUCAAGCGGCACGACCCGGGCGGCACCGAGGAGCAGGAGAUGAUGGAGAACCUGUUCGACGCCCUCUGCUCCUCGCUCAUGGCGCCCGCCAACCGGGAGCGCUUCCUGCGCGGGGAGGGGCUGCAGCUCAUGAACCUCAUGCUGCGAGAGAAGAAGAUGUCCAAGAACGGAGCCCUCAAGGUGCUGGACCACGCCACGUGCGGCGCGGAGGGCGCGGACAACUGCAACAAGCUGGUGGACAUCCUGGGCCUACGCUCGGUGUUCCCCCUCUUCAUGAAGACGCCGAGGCGCGGGCGGCGUCGGGGCGGCCUCUCCGUGGAGCAGCACGAGGAGCACGUCUGCUCCGUGGUGGCCUCCAUGCUCAAGAACUGCAAGGGCACGCAGCGGCAGCGCCUGCUCAACAAGUUCACCGAGAACGACCACGAGAAGGUCGACCGACUCAUGGAGCUGCACUUCAAGUACCUGGACAAGGUGCACCACGUGGACGCCCAGAUCGAGCGGGAGAAGGCGGAGCUGGGUGAGGAGGAGGAGGUGGACGCCGGCAUGGAGGAGGAGUUCUACCUGCGCAGGCUGGAGGGGGGCCUGUUCACGCUGCAGCUCAUCGACUACAUCAUGGUGGACGCCUGCUGCUCGGGGCCGCCCGGGAUCAAGCAGCGGGUGCUGCAGAUCCUCAACCUGAGGGGGGGCUCCAUCAAGACCAUACGCAACGUGCUGCGGGAGUACGCGGGGAACAUGGGGGACGGCGACGACCCCUCCGCCCGGGAGGCCGAGCAGCAGAGGCUGCUGCAGUUCGUCGACCGCUUCUAGACGGCCUCGGGCCACCCUCCCCGGACGUCCCGAAAGGACCACGCUUUCGGAUGACUUCUGGACGGUCGGAGCCGUGCCGUCUUUUUUUGACGUGCCUUUCUGCUUUUCUAGAAGCGUGGGCUGCUGCGGUACAUUGACCGCUUCUGGACGUCCUGCGGACAAUUGGACUCUCGGCUUCUAGACAUCCCGAAAAGAUAUUUUCUGGCGGCUUCUGGAUUGCCAGAGCCGUGCCGUCUUUUCGACGUGCCCUUUCUGGUUUUCUAGAAGUGUGAGCUGUUGCAGUGUAUCGACUGCUUCUAGAUGUCCUGCAGACAAUUAGACUCUCGGGACCACACUUUCGGACAUGCUCCUCUCGGACGGCUUCUGGAUGGCCAGAGCCGUGUCGUCUUUUCGACGUGCCCUUUCUAGUUUUCUAGAAAUGUGGGCCGCUGCGGUGCAUCGACCGCUUCUGGACGUCCCGCAGGCAUUGGGACUCUCGGCUUCUAGACGUCCCGAAACGGACGGACUCUGACACUCUUCCUCGAUUCCUUUUGCCUUUGAGGACGAGCUCAUUUUCUGGAAGAGUAUAUCUCUGCAUUUCAAUGCUGGGAUCACUCAUUUUUUGGUUUCAAGACUGUUUGGCUCAUCUUUUGGCGAGAAUAUCCAAAAAGCUUGUCGUUAUC